UGCCAAGCUCGUCAAGUCGAGUCGCCAUUCAACUAAAUGUAUAUUGUAGUAUAAAUAGUAGAUUGUGGAGUGGUACCGCUCAUUUUCUUGGCAGGAUGAUUGCCGUCGACAUUACGUACCGUAACGCGUAAUCGAUCCAAUUUUAUUCGGUGCCGACCGUCGAAGAAGUGUUAGUGAAAGUGGUACCGGAGAAAGUUGACCAUUGAACCGUUUGACCGAGUGCGAUAGGCAAAGAUGGAUGUCGAUGAGUUCAGGGAGUUCGGCAAGGCCGCGGUGGAUUAUAUCGCCGAUUACUUCCAGACGAUCAGAGACAGGCCGGUCCUGCCUUCCGUUCACCCCGGCUACCUCGGCGAACUACUCCCCAAGGAACCUCCGCAGACCGGGGAAUCCUGGCAAGAGGUCCUGCAAGACGUCGACAGGAUCAUCAUGCCUGGCCUCACGCACUGGCACUCGCCAAAGUUCCACGCCUACUAUCCGACAGCACACUCUUUUCCAGCCGUUGUCGGGGAGAUGAUGAGCGCUGGGUUUGGCUGCGUCGGACUCAAUUGGGUUGCCAGCCCUGCCUACACAGAGCUAGAAGUUGUGAUGAUGAACUGGCUGGGUAAGCUCCUUGGACUUCCAGAAGAGUUCCUCAAUUGCUCGGAUGGCCCUGGCGGUGGGGUUAUACAGGGCUCAGCAAGCGAGGUGACCUUCAUCGGUCUUCUGGCGGCCAAAGAAAAGAAAGUGAAAGACCUGAUGGCCCAAGACCCCACUCUCAAAGAAGCUGACAUCAAAGGAAAACUGGUCGCGUACUCCAGCGACCAAUCAAACUCGUCAGUAGAGAAAUCCGGUCUUUUGGGCUCAAUGCCGAUGCGGCUGUUACCGGCAGACAAAGAAGGCAAACUCAGGGGCGACACGCUACUCGACGCCAUAGAAAAGGAUAAAGCCCAAGGGCUGAUCCCUUGCUACGUGGUGGCUAAUCUUGGAACCACGCCUACGUGCGCCUUCGAUGAUCUGGCCGAACUUGGACCCAUUUGCAACAGGGAUAAUAUUUGGCUUCACGUAGAUGCAGCUUACGCAGGCACCGCGUUCACGUGUCCUGAAUACAGGUAUCUCCUCAAGGGUGUGGAGCACGCCGACUCCUUCAAUUUCAACCCCCACAAGUGGAUGUUAGUGAACUUCGACUGCUCGGCAAUGUGGGUGAAAAAUGCCAGGUACCUAGUCGAAGCGUUCAACGUCGAGAGGAUAUACCUGAAGGACCAGCACAAAGGCCUGGCGCCCGAGUACAGACACUGGCAGGUAUCGUUGGGCAGACGGUUCAGAGCGUUGAAACUGUGGUUCGUCUUGAAGAUAUACGGAGUCGAAGGGAUUCAGAAGCAUGUCCGCCACCAGAUUUCCUUGGCCAAAUACUUCGAGGAACUCGUAAGGACAGAUGACAGGUUCGAAGUUUGCACGUCGAGCAUGGGCCUCGUCACGUUCCGGCUCGAAGGUGACAACCAGCUUACGAAGAAUCUGAUCAGCAGGAUCCAAGAAAGGAAGAAUAUUUUCGUCAUACCAGGGCAGUUCCGCAACAAAUAUGUGAUACGAUUCGCGGUCUGCAGUCGGUUAACAGAAAGGAGCGACGUUGAAUUCUCCUGGAAGGAAUUCCAGUCCCAAGCGGACGAAAUCAUCGUCUCGAAGAUCACCAGCGAGGUCGGCGAUAAGAAAGGCAUCGGCGCUAUACAAUUAUCGGAUGCCGGGUGUGAUAAGAACAGUAUCGAAAAGUGCAAGUAACGGUAUAGUGUUUAGUGAGAGAUAAUCACAUUUUUCGCCAAAUGCAUUUGUUUUUGCUUGACACCAUCUACGAUAAGUACUUAUCCUAUAAAAGAAAAACGAAAAAAACCGCAAGACGCAUCGAUGCUAUGGAUUUUCGUUCCUAUCUCAUAGCAGGAGCAGAGUAUCACUUGCAUACCUCCAUGCGUUUCUGUGAACCUGAUAACAAGCGCUCAAUCUUUCAAUUUUACGAAGAAAGCCUGAUCGGCAGUGCGACUUUAAGGAACUUAUAGAUUUGCAUCAGGAUCGCAGAAACUACGAGGGACAUAGAUGCCAAGUUCUGUGAUCCUGAUAGCAGGUCACCGUCCAACAAUUGUACGAGAAAAAUCUGGUCGAUAGAUUUGUAUCAGGAUCGCAGAAACGGCAAGAUGCUGUGGAUUUGAAUUCGUGUUUGCCUAAUAGCAGGAGCAGAGUAUCAUUUGCAUACCUUCUCGCGUUUCUGUUAAUCUGAUAACAGGUGUUCAAUCUACUAAUUUUACGAAGAAGCUGUGGUUGUCAUCUGUAUCAGGAUCGAAGAAACUGCAAAAAGCAUCGACGCUAUGAAUUUGAACUUCGUUCUUAUCUCAUAGCAGGAGCAGAAUACCACUUGCAUACCUCCCUGCGUUUCUGUGAAUCUGAUAACAAGUGCUCAAUCUUUCAAUUUUACGAAGAAAGUCUGAUCGGCAGUGCGACUUUAAGAAACUUAUAGAUUUGCAUCAGGUUCGCAGUAACUACAAGGGACAUAUAUGCCAAAGGUACAAGUUCUGUGAUCCUGAUAGCAGGUAACCGUCCAGAAAAAUCUGGUCGAUAGAUUUGUAUCAGGAUCGCAGAAACGGCAAGAUGCUGUGGAUUUGAAUUCGUGUUUGCCUAAUAGCAGGAGCAGAGUAGCAUUUACAUACCUUCUCGCGUUUAUGUUAAUCUGAUAACAGGUGUUCAAUCUACUAAUUUUACGAAGAAGCUGUGGUUGUCAUCUGUAUCAGGAUCGCAGAAACUGCAAAAGGCAUCGAUGCUAUGGAUUUGAACAUCGUUCUUAUCUCAUAGCAGGAGCAGAAUACCACUUGCAUACCUCCCUGCGUUUCUGUGAACCUGAUAACAAGUGCUCAAUCUUUCAAUUUUACGAAGAAAGCCUGAUCGACAAUGCGACUUUAAGAAACUUAUAGAUUUGCAUCAGGAUCGCAGUAACUACGAGGGACAUAGAUGCCAAAGGUACAAGUUCUGUGAUCCUGAUAGCAGGUCACCGUCCAACAAUUGUACGAGAAAAAUCUGGUCGAUAGAUAUGUAUCAGGAUCGCAGAAACGGCAAGACGCUGUGGAUUUGAAUUCGUGUUUGCCUAAUAGCAGGAGCAGAGUAGCAUUUGCAUACCUUCUCGCGUUUAUGUUAAUCUGAUAACAGAUGUCCAAUCUACUGAUUUUACGAAGAAGCUGUGGUCGACAUCUGUAUCAGGAUCGCAGAAACUGCAAAAGGCAUCUAUGCUAAGGCUUUGAAUUUCGUUCUUAUCUCAUAUCAGGAGCAGAAUACCAUUUGCAUACCUCCCUGCGUUUCUGUGAACCUAACAGCAAGUGGCCAAUCUUUCAAUUUUACAAAGAAGGCUUGGUCGACAGUGCGACUUUAAGAACCAUAGGUUUGCAUCAGGAUCGUAGAAGCCAAGAGGAGCAUCGAUACCAAGGAUACAAGCUUCACGCGAGUAUCAUAGAUAGAGCACAGUUCUAUUCACAUACCUUCUCGUUGUUCUGUGGUCCUGAUAGCAGGUCACCGUUACACAAAUUGUACGAGAAAAAUCUGGUCGAUAAUCCGAUUUUCAUAUCAUAUUUUCAGAAUCGCAGAAACGGCGGUUUGAAUUCGUGUUUGUCUUAUAACAGGAGCAGAUUACCAUUUGCAUACCUCCUCGCGUCUCUGUUAAUCUGAUAACAGGUGUACAAUCUACUAAUUUUACGAAGAAGCUGUAAUCGACAGUGCGUUGUUCAGAAACUUAACGCACUGUAUCAGAAUUGCAGAAACGACUGGGAGCAUAGUUGCCGAAGAUCAAAUUUCGCCUCAGCAUCAUAACAUAAGUACCUCCUCGCCCUUCUGUGAUCCUGUAAUUUGUCCACCAAUUUUACACGAACAUUCUGCGAUUUUCAGAAACCUAUAUGAUCUGUAUCAAAGUCGCAGAAACUGCAAAAAACGGCAUCGAUAUGUAUUUGAAUGUCGAUCUUUUCCCAUAACACGAGCAAUUAAAAUUGGAAAUUCGCAUAGCCCGAAGUGUUCUCUGUUUUGGGUUUCCUCUAUGUACCUUAAAUGAUAUUAAAACAUGCAAAAUUAAAUCUAAAAUUGUAUUUCACGCUUUCUCCAUUAUUAUUAUUGUCAAGCUGUAAACGAAACUGCAAUAUUUGUAAAUAGCAUAGUUUUUGUUGUCUCCUGAAAACUCAAAUUUUGUAACCUAUGUGGUUUUAGAAAUGGCUGAUUCAGUUGUCGUAAAUAAAAGAUUAAUUAAUACCUUCAGGGUGUAAAUGCAAUAGAAUCGUGUAAGGUUUCAAUAUUGUAGAUGAUGCUUCAGUAUAUGUGAUGAAAAUUGUGAGGUUAACCCUUUUGUAGAAGCCGAAACCAAGUUGUACGUUUAUUUUAGUUAAUAAAUUGUAUUUAUAUUUA